CCUGUUCAUUAUUCACUGUGCCACAACAUGCAGACACUGGAGUCCAACUCAAUUACACCAGAUAGUCAUUUAGAGAGACCAUUAUUCUACACAACAGCAUACAUAUGCACAUAACUGAAAGAGCAAACCAAAAUGGCAUUUCUCAUUAUCUUUUUCUAUGGGUUUAUAACAUAUCCUUGAUCAUAUCCUUUGAUGGUAAUUAAUUUUUGGCUUCUUGCUCUUUUAGUGUGUAAAUUAUUGUGCCGCUGUCUCUUUAAAAGGCAGGACCGUGUGGUUACACCUCCACUCCCUCUCUCAUUCUGUAGAUGAUGUCACUGUGGCUUCCCUUAGACCUUGGACAAAUGAUGUGGGUCUCUGUUUGGCGUUCCUCCUCUUUCCCACCUCCUUUCUCGCUCUCUCUCUCUCUCUCUCUCUCCCCCAGUGUCUCCAUCUCAUACUCCACUGCUCUCUUCAUCAACGGAGGGACAGCAGCUGAGGAAACUUGAUAGCACUCCAUCCCCUUCUCUUCUCCUCUUCCCUUUUUCUUAAUCUCCCUCUUCUUCUCUCUAUCCCUCUCUCAUUCUUCAGCAGCGAUGUAGUUCUCUGUCAAACUUUAACAGCUGUUUGGCAUUGAAGCCUUGACUGACAUCCAUCUCUCCUGGACCUCUAUGGAGUCGUUCCCUGCUUCUUUUUGAGAUCUUUCCAGAGUCGCCUCUCUUCAUUCGUCUUGUGUUUACGUUGUCGCUUUGGUGUGUUUGGAUCAUGGCCAUGAAGGAAACUAUACUCCCUAUCAGCGAGGUGUCAAUUCCGUACCCGGAGGUCGUGGAACUCAAUGUGGGCGGACAGGUGUAUGUCACCAAGCGCUCCACUCUGGUCAGCGUACCUGACACCACCCUUCACACCAUGUUCACAAGAUGCAACCCGCACGAGUUGCCCCGCGACAGCCGAGGACGCUUCUUCAUCGACCGCGAUGGCUUCUUGUUCCGAUAUGUGCUGGACUUCCUACGGGACCGCCAGCUCGUGCUACCCGAACACUUCCCAGAGCGGGAGCGUCUUCAGCGCGAGGCCGAGCACUUCCAGUUAGGGGAACUUCUGAGACUUCUAGGCCCGCGUGUAGCCAAGCAAGGCUCGCUCAACGACGAAGGCUGCCAGAGUGACAUUGAGGAAAGUUCACAGAGUAGCGAGUUGGUGACUCGAACUGGAAACAGCGCCACCAACUACGCAACUUCCUCUUCUGCCCUGGACAAGAGGUCAGGGUUCAUUACGAUUGGUUAUCGGGGAUCCUACACGAUGGUGAGGGAUAACCAAGCUGAUGCUAAGUUUCGGCGCGUGGCACGGAUCAUGGUCUGCGGGCGUAUCGCUCUGGCGAAGGAGGUGUUUGGGGACACUCUAAAUGAAAGUCGGGAUCCUGACCGUCCACCAGAAAAAUACACCUCGCGCUUCUACCUAAAGUUCACCUACCUAGAGCAAGCGUUCGACAGGUUGAGCGAGGCUGGGUUCCAGAUGGUGGCCUGCAACUCAACCGGAACAGCUGCGUUCGUUAACCAGUACAGAGACGACAAGAUCUGGAGCAGCUAUACGGAGUACAUUUUCUUCAGACCUGCCUGCAAGUCAGCAUCCCCUAAACUGGAGCGUGAGGAGCCCAAGUCUGAGAAACUGCUGGAUAAGGCCAGUGAGAGCGGAGCCUCGUUGAACGAGCUCUCCACAUCCAGCUCUGAGACCCACUCAGAGGCCACAUCUCCCCAGGACGGGGGCCCCAUCCUGGUGUCUCGUGGUGAGGUCGUGGGGGGCUCCCUGGCUCCUUGUGGUGCCCUCCACUCUGUAUCUCGGCCUCCGAGCACUCUUACUCUCGGCCGACCGCCAAAGAAAGGUUCCUCCGUGCAGUGGAUGGAGCUGCCGGAUAAGAGGAGAAACAGCGAGCUGUUUCAGUCCCUCACCAGCGGAGUGGGUCUACGGGAAGGUGGGGGAAGCGGUCUAACCCGGAGGAAGACUCUGGAGAGGCCCUGUGCAGAGGAGGAAAUGAAACAGUGUAUCCGAGAUUUCCGAAAGAUCAAGAUCCCCCCGGCGUUCCCAGAGCGCAAACGGCAGUGGCAAUCAGAACUACUUCAGAAAUAUGGCCUAUAAGGGAAACUCAGGACAGGGGACUGUUUUAAACAGUCCAACCUAUUCACAAUCUCACACAAUAGAUUGUCCAUCAGUCCUUAAAGGCCAUGAUUCACAGUGAGAAACCAAACAAUGAGUAUCGGAAAACAGAAACUUGCCAACAAAACAUGUUCCACUUUGUUCCAUUUUUGUCUAGAUUGACAACACCAUUCAUAUCUUUGAACUAGACCUUAAAAACCUUUCCAAAAGUAGUGACGGAGAACUUUUUGAUGAAGAGCUAUUCCAUUUAAAUGAACCUUUUCAUUGUUCAGAAGGUCUGCAAACAGGGCUCAUAGUAUAUCUCUUUAAAAUACUGAACUGACCGACUAUCUUUGGUGAUCUAGCCAAAGUGGGAGUACAGAUAAAUCCUUGUGGUGUUCAAAAGAGAGAGGCUUCACUGUGCGUUAACUAGUUGUUCCGUUUGGUUCUAUACAAACAAUGCAGAUUUAAUGUAAAUGCGGUUGUCUCUACCAACCUAGUUUCAGAGGUGAAUUUAGAUGUAGAUGAAAUGGUCUUUUAUAUACAUAUAUUAGGGCUACCAAACAAUUAAAAAAAGGUAUUCAAAUUACCAUAUGCUGAUUAAUUCUUCAGAUUGCAAUUACAUAUAUAAGUAUUUGCUAAGAAAAGCCCCAAAGUCUACUGUAGGCUGUUCACAUGGGAUGCGUUCCGUAUGCGGCAUUUUGUAUUUUUUGGUUAAUGUACACUUGUUCUAGAUGGAUGUCUUUGGCCUUUGCAUUGUCUUAUCUGUCAUACCUGUUUUUUCAGUAUAUCACAAAAUCACUUUGUGUCUUUCAUUCAGUUCCAUUCAGUUGCGCCAUCUUGAAGGCAAAAAACAUGUCCUGUGUGAGCGGCUCUUUACUCAUUCUGUGCUGCUUGCUCUUGGGUAAGUUUGGUGAUUAAAUGUUCAUUUUUAAUGAAUUAGUAAAUUACUAUUAAAUUGACAGUCAUAAUAUAUAUAUAAAUAUAUUUAAAUAUUUAAAAAUAUAACUUUAUAUUUGCUGAGAAUCAUGAAGCUAGAAUUGGAAGGUACGAUGAAUACACUACACAUAAUCUAAGAGAGGAUAUUGCAGUUUUAUAUCUGCAAUGUAAAAUAAGCACAGAUAUAUAAUAUAAUAGAUGCAUUUUCUUCUCAUUCCACCCCUUUAAAUGACCUAAUUGUUGCAUUUAUAUGAUGGGCCACUAUGAACAUCAUCUCUGCACUGGUUCUUCUGUAUGUGAAGUUUCUCAGAAUGAUGCAUAGAAAUUGUCUAUUGUCUGGGCCACUUUUGCUAUGACAUUCUGUUAAGUGCCAUUCAUGUUCUAAAGUGUUUGUGUGUGUGUGCUUCUGUACACACUCUUUUCUUUAAUGUGAAUUUCUAUAGAGCCUUUUGUGAAGGAAAUUUUAUUUGAGAUCACAAAAAAAGAAGGAAAAAAGUGUUGCUACAAAUUAUUCAUAAAAAGCCAAUUGUUGGUUCCAGGGCCAGACGAGAUGAAGAUUAGCACCAGAACCCUUAACUUAUAGUCAACUUGCAUUGUAUUAUAAUACAGUGCAAGUUGACUUCCAAAGAUGUAUGUCCAUGAUCCAGCUCUCGUUGGUUCCUUUACAGUUUAUCUCACUGCAAAACAUUAAUGGGAAAUCAUCUUUAAAGGGUUAGUUCACCCAAAAAUGAAAAUGAUCCCAUGAUUUACUCACCCUCAAUCCAUCCUAGGUGUAUAUGACUUUCUUCUUUCAGUCAAACAGAAUUGGAGAAAUACCACAAUCGGAGAUAUAUUUAAAAAUAUCCUUGCUCCUCCAAGCUUUAUAAUGGUUGUCAACAUUUUGAAGCCAAAAAAGUGCAUCCAUCCAUCAUAAAAGUAAUCCAAACGGCUCCAGGGGGUUUAUUAAGGCCUUCUGAAGUGAAGCAAUGGGUUUUUGUAAGAAGCAUAUCCAUAUUUAAAACGCGUCAAUUUGCAGCGGAAGAGUAACUCUGACCCGACGCAUGAUGUAGUGACGGAAGCAGAAGCACAGAGGAUAGAGCAAAACAAAACACUGGUCAUGAAUUAGAAGUCUAAAACGAUAAUUUUUAAAGAGAAAUGUCAGAAGAUUUCAAUAUAAGAGAAGAGGAGCUUGAGUGUGUUGCACAGCCCUAUUUGUUUGAACCGCGAGAGGCGUCUAAGCUUAUGCUACUCCUACAUCCUACAUCAUACAUCGCGUCAGGGGUUACUCAUUUGGCACAAGUCGCCUUGUGCAGUAUGUGUGCGGUCGUCCGCUGGAAGCUAGUUAUUUGAAUUUAUAAAGUUUUAAAUAUGGACAUUUUUCUUACAAAAAUGCACCGUUUCGCUUCUAAAGGCCUUUAUUAACCUGCUGGAGCCGUAUGGAUUAUUCUUUUUAAUGGAUGGAUGAAUUUUUUUGGGCUUCAAAAUCUGGCUCCCCCUUUACUACCAUUAUAAAGCUUGGAAGAGCCAGGAUAUUUUUAAGUAUAUCUCUGAUUGUGUUCGUCUGAAAGAAAAUAGUCAAAUACACCUAGAAUGGCUUGAGGGUGAGUAAAUCAUGGGAUAAUUUUCAUUUUUGGGUGAACUAUCCUUUUAAGAACUGAUCUUGUUGACACAGAUUAAUUCUAGUCUAAGUUUGAGCAUAGCAAGAUUUAUUUUUAAAUGGAAAUAGCCAUGGCGUUGAGCCAGUAGUUUAAUCCACGUGCUGAAAAUGGUUCCAAGAUUUUGUUUAUGGCAGAGCGUCAUCCCAGACUCGGGGAAUGAUCUUUCCAUCUGCCGUAGGCUGCGUAUCAAAUGUCAGUGAGCAUUGUGCAUUUCCAUCUCCAUAUAGACUUGUAUUUGAGAGAUGUUAGAUGAUCGCCCUCCAAUUGAUGUGUACGGUGUUCUGCAUACGUUUAAAGCACAAUAUUCUGUAAAUGCUGGUUUGAGACAUGACAUGGUCUCAAUCCAGGACACAGGUUUGAAAAGCACAAGGCACAGUUGAUUCUGUCAUCCUAGAAAUAUAAUGUUUAAUGGGUUUAAAUCAGGACUUAGUGUUAGUCUGCUGUGAAACCUGAAAUGCUCCAAUUUGUAAAGACAUUAGUUAUCUGUUGAUUUGCCUCAGUGUCCUGUAAUAAAAGUGUCAUGUUAUGAAUGGG